AAAAAACACUUCAAAUUAUUACGGGUCGAUGUUCCCUACUGGCAAUCCCACUGAAAUUCUGGACAGUGCAGGUGCUGAUAGUAUUGACGUAGGCUGUUGCAUGCGAUCAUGUGGAAAGAUGGGCGACUAGUUAUAUUCAAUAGGCUGGAUGCCGAGACGCCAGUAAUUAAAUCCGUAUCUAACGUUAAUCUUUUCCCAUGCUCACCGGGGAAGGUAUUCCAGGUCGGUUGUAUAAGCGCUAUUUUAUUGAGCACUCUUGAAGCAUUAGCGGAUCCCAAGCGGCUUGUGAAAGGAUGGAAGAGCGUAUCAAAGUCUACGAUGCAGUUGAUUGGUUUCGAGCGCAGACCUGUGAUUAUCGCCGUCUCAAAUUGGAAACCUGUCCAGGGAGAGACCUUGGCCAUCAUGGUUUCAGUUCCUCCUGCAGAAAAUUUUAUUGACAGCAUAAAUUUGUCUUUCAGGGCUAACUUUUGCAAGCAUUCACUAGUUGAAGUUACCUUCGAAGAAGAAAGAUUUUCUGCAUUUUCAACUUCCACUUGCCCAAACAAAUGGAGAACCCUAAUUCCACUUAGCCCUCUUGACACAACAGGUCAGCGGUCGCUAAUUGUGGAUGUUAAUGAUGGUAGGCAUGAGUCCUUCCAUGGAGUUAUAGAAGUUCUGGAGAAAGAAUAUCCUACAGAGACCAUAUGGCUAAGUGGAAACAAGUCUGGAAUACAUGGAACCCAGAAAGAAUUAGACGCAGUCAAGGUGUUGGUAUCUAAUAGGACAGCUAAACAAUAUUGGGAUGGUUCAUUUAGGUUGCCAAUACAUGGAGAGGUAACUACUGAAUAUGGUCUCAAACGAUGCUACAAUGGAGUGUUUGCUUCUGGGUAUUACCAUAAAGGUAUUGAUUAUGGAGCUCCUCGUGGAGAACCUGUGUGGUCACCUGCAGCUGCCCGUGUAUCUCUGGUGGGUAGGGAGGAAGAAGGUUUUGCAUUACAUGGGAAUUGUGUAGGUCUUGACCAUGGACAUGGUGUGACAAGCAUCUUAAUGCAUCUUGAUACGAUUCUGGUUGAAAAUGGAAUGGUUGUUCAAGCUGGAGACCUUCUGGGGACAGUUGGUGACACAGGUUUAGCUACAGGUCCACAUCUACAUUGGGGCCUAUAUGUUCAUGGUAAAGCAGUGGACCAAAAUCAGUGGCUAAUAGAACAGAGUUGGUUGCAAUGAGUUAAAUUGGUAUUAUCUCCUUUUGCAGAGUUGCUUUGGGGACUGCAAGAUGAGAUAUUUCAUCCAUAAUUUGUUGAAGUUGAGAGUAAUUCUUGAAGCAUGCAGUUUCAGAGUCCAAUUCAGGAAUCAUUCUGUGUAGUUCUGAUUUUGUAUAAUAAGGUAAAUUGUUGAAAACUUUAAUAGCUUUGGUGUCGUCAAACAAUCAGUAUUUUCUAAAAGAUUUAAUCAGUGGAAUAGCUUUAGAAUUCAGAGGACGGGAAAAGUUGUAGCGGUCAAGGCCUUAAAUACUUUAUACAACCUUUAUACCAUUCAAAAAGUGGAUGCAUCUUUUAUAAUAAUGAUUUUUGUUGGACAUCUUAUCUUUAACCUGGAAAGGAAAGGUUUCAGUCAUCCACUUUGAUGGACAAAAAGUUGAGGUGGAGGGGUCUAACCAAAAUGUUGUCACAUAGGCAAUGGUGGAGGUGGAGUGGUGGAUCUUUGACAAAAAAUUUAUGGUGGUGUGAAGUCUUUGAGUGGUUGCAUCUCGUCUUGGUGGGGGGAUCUUUUAUAGAUCAACAAAAGUUGCACCUUGGCCAUUGUGCAAGGGGUGUUUGCUCAAUGGUUUAUCAAAGUUUGGAGAUGUUAAAGUUGUGUAAUUUGGUAGCGU